CAUGUGAUAAAAUAUGGAGGCCUACCCGACUGCCUGGUUAAAGAAAAUUUAAUUUUCCAUGAAUAAUAUAGAAUAUACUUGUAUCAAAUGAAGAGGCAAAAUGCAGAAAAAUGAUGCGAUUAAUACUACAUUUAGGCACGUAAACGUCCUUAGUCAACAAGUUUGUACUGCGUAGUUUUAGCGAAAUUAAGUAAAGAGUUGACUCCCAAUACUAUUUUCCUUAGAGACGAAUCCGCCAUCUAAAUGGAAUUAUUGCCAGAAAUUUGAUAGUAAAAGAUCAAAAUGGAUUUUUAUAUUAUUCCCUGCAUGAUUAUAAACAAGAAAAAGAAUUCUAUAGGUCAGAAGCCGUACGAAUGUCAACAAAUACAAACAGCUUUUAGAGCGGCUGUAGAAACUCAUUUACGAAGUAAAGAACUUAAACGCCAUAUCGAUUCUAAAUUGAUGAGCGGAACACAAGCCAAGGAAAAAUUGGUGGAGAAAGAAUUAUUGAUUUCCGAUAUAACUCGACUGCAAAAUCGGCUUAAAAUAGCUGAACAAGCUCGAAAUGACCUCAGGAAUGACUUGGAAAGCUUUCAGUUUGCAAACCGAUCAGCAAAAAUAAAACUUUCCGAAGAAUACGAAAGUCUAGUCCGGAAUAGAUUAAAAUUAGAAAAGAAAAAAGACCAAUAUUUCGAUCAACGGGAAGAAUUAGUGAAAAUUGGUACUUUAUUAGGUCAAAAACGUAGAAAACUUAUUACUGAUCUGGCCUUUAUUUAUCCAAUUUAUGAGUCACCACACACAAGAGACUACUAUGUUUGUAAUAUCAAUUUGCCAAAUUCUGACAUCCUUUUCGAAAAAGAUGAAAAUGCUGUUUCCGCCGCUUUGGGUUACACGGCACAUUUAAUUUCUAUGAUUUAUUACUUUCUAGACGUUCCCUUGAGAUAUCCAAUUCGAUUUAAGUGCUCCAGAAGUGAAAUUAUAGACAACUUUCAAACAGUAAUUCCAGAUAAAAUAUUUCCACUUUAUGCUAGAGGCAAGGAAAAAGUUGUUUUUGAAUACGCUGUAUGGAUCUUGAAUAAAAAUGUAGCUCAGCUUAGGCAGUAUUGCGGGUUAAGUACGAAAGACUUUCGUCCAACUUUAGCCAAUAUUAUGGGAUUAUUGAACUCGCGACUGUCUAUUCAUGUAGAUCACUCGAAUUUGCUAUCAAACUUUAUUAUUCCUUCAAUGACUCAUUUGAUUCCUCCGAAUUUCGGCGGCCCUCAACCGUCCAAAUCGAAAAUCCUUAUAAAUAGAAUUACAGAUGAUACAGCAGAAGAGAAAGCAUCCUCAUCCUCUUGUUCUUCCGAAGAUGACGAAGAAGACGAAAUAAUUGAAAAUAACGGAAAUGUUGUACUCAUAAAUAAUGAACUGUCUAUAGACCCAAUAACAGAGGAGGAAAGUCUUAAUUCUGUGCAGAAAAAAUUAGACGAGACUGGUGAGGACGCUUUACUCUUCGACUUAGAAGUUGAAAAUCGAACUUGCAGGUCAAAUAGUGAGGAUGGCGACUGUAUUCGAACUUCAUCAAAUUGCUGA